UUCCGGUCACACUGACAUGGACACCAAAACAUUGGAUUCGGAUUUUGUGGAAAUUCAUCCAAAAAACGGAUAUUUAAGUGCCAAAGAGCUAAUUGCUCAUCGUCACUCUGAGUUUGAACCUCAAAGUGGAGGUUUAAAACGAACCCAAAAUGAAGGCACUGCACCGGAACUUGAGGAGCUUAGGCGAGCGCAGGAACAAUUGCGAGCUCAGCUGUCAGUGCCCCGCAUUGAAAGACUUGGAGGAAGAGCCCUGGCCAUCUGGAAUGAUGAGCAACAAGUGGCAGAAGUCCUACGCAAAGAUGGUAAAUUCGAAAACUUUGGAUACAGUGAGCAGGGAAGACUCUACUUAGAAUACUACGAGGCUAUGUUCCUAUUGGAACUGGGCCGCCUACAACUAGAGUACUACGGUUCAGUAGUUUCAAUAGAGCAAGCUUAUGUGCUCCUUCUUGGCAAUCUGGAAAGUGAUAAGUACACCAACUACCUGGUGUAUUCGGCCUUAUCCCGAGCUGGUUAUAUAGUUGUCAGACACAAACCUCUUGAAAAAACUCCAGAAGAAGUUACUAGUGCUGAUUGCAUCUGGGCCCUGCUGAAGGAGAAAGUGGGAAAUCAACCAGUACCAGAGCACAUUAAAACAUCACCUUUUUACGCGGUUGUAGAAAAACGAAUGGAAGAUAUCAAGGAACUCAUUACAUCUCAAAAGACAGAAGAUUCUAAGACUACAAAAGAACCCAUCGAUUUAGAGUUCGACUCAAGAAAGCGCAAGCCGAAUGAAAACCUCAUCGAAGAACCGGCCAGUAAAAAAGAAAAGCUUUCUAUAACCGGUCGGAGUCUCGUGGAUCAGCUCAAAAACGAACUGUCAUAUUCGAAAUUUGAAGAGAUCUUUGAAAAGUUCGAUAUUAUACAACUUAAAAGCGUAGAUGAUACCAAAGAAGAAACUACUGAUCCAUCAGCUUUAAAAAUAACCUUUGAUCUGCACCUCCACAACGAGGGUUUCAAGAAGAGUUCACCAAAGCCACCAAAUUUUAAUGUUAUCAUUCUUCCAUCUCAGUCAGCAUUUCCCCCCCACGACGAGAUCGCCAAGAUUCAAAAUCAUCACACCGCUCCACUGCUCGUCAUAUCCGUUAGCGAGUCCAAACAAAUACAGGCCUUUCUGUACUAUAUAAGUUGAUGAUUACCAAUACUGCGGAUGUGCCACCUCAAUAAAUUGAUGCACCAAUUAUUUGGAUGAUGGGUGGACCGGGCAGCGGCAAAGGAACACAGUCCCAGAAAAUUGAAAGAAAAUAUGGGUACAAGCAUAUUGAUCCCAUUGCAUUGAUGGAACAG